ACCCCGCGACCGGAACAAGGAAGAACCUGCACCAACCCUCACGCCAAGAUCCACCUCUCACCCCUCAGCAUGGCUACUAUCACCUGCACACGCUUCACCGACGAAUACCAGCUAUUCGAAGAACUGGGCAAGGGAGCCUUUUCAGUGGUGCGCAGGUGUAUGAAGGUCCUGUCAGGACAGGAGUAUGCUGCCAAGAUCAUCAACACCAAGAAGCUGUCUGCCAGAGACCACCAGAAGCUGGAGAGGGAGGCUCGCAUCUGCAGACUGCUGAAGCACCACAACAUCGUGCGACUUCAUGACUCCAUCUCAGAGGAGGGACACCACUACCUUAUCUUUGACCUGGUGACGGGAGGAGAGCUCUUUGAAGAUAUCGUGGCCCGAGAGUACUACAGCGAAGCGGACGCCAGCCAUUGUAUCCAGCAGAUCUUGGAGGCUGUCCUUCACUGCCAUCAGAUGGGCGUGGUCCACAGAGAUCUCAAGCCAGAGAACCUGCUGCUGGCGUCCAAGUCCAAGGGGGCAGCGGUGAAGCUGGCCGACUUCGGCCUGGCCAUCGAGGUUGAAGGGGACCAACAGGCCUGGUUUGGCUUUGCCGGCACACCGGGUUACCUGUCUCCUGAGGUUCUGCGGAAGGAUCCGUAUGGGAAGGCUGUGGACCUGUGGGCGUGUGGUGUAAUCCUGUACAUCCUGUUGGUGGGCUACCCCCCAUUCUGGGAUGAGGACCAGCACAGACUAUACCAGCAAAUCAAAGCUGGGGCCUAUGAUUUUCCCUCCCCGGAGUGGGACACUGUUACUCCGGAGGCUAAGGACCUCAUCAACAAGAUGUUGACCAUCAACCCCGCGAAGCGCAUCACCGCCUCAGAGGUCCUCAAGCACCCCUGGAUUUCGCACCGGUCCACAGUGGCCUCCUGCAUGCACAGACAGGAGACCGUCGAGUGCCUGAAGAAGUUCAACGCCAGGAGGAAGCUGAAGGGUGCGAUUCUGACAACUAUGCUGGCCACGAGGAACUUUUCUGGAGCCAAAAGCGUGGGGAACAAGAAGAGCGAUGGAGUGAAGAAAAGGAAGUCCAGUUCCAGUGUGCAGCUGAUGGAAUCGUCUGAAAGCACCAACACGACCAUCGAGGACGAGGACACCCGAGUGCGGAAACAGGAGAUCAUUAAGGUGACCGAGCAGCUCAUCGAGGCGAUCAGCAACGGAGACUUCGAGGGCUACACGAAGAUGUGCGAUCCCAGCGUGACGGCCUUCGAACCCGAGGCUCUGGGAAACCUGGUGGAGGGCCUGGAGUUUCACCGAUUCUACUUUGAGAACCUGUGGUCGAAGAACAGCAAGCCGGUGCACACCACCAUCCUGAACCCGCACAUCCACCUGGUGGGGGAGGAGGCGGCCUGCAUCGCCUACGUCCGCAUCACGCAGUACAUCGACCCCAACGGCAUGCCCCGCACCGCGCAGUCCGAGGAGUCCCGCGUCUGGCACCGCCGCGACGGGAAGUGGCAGAUCGUCCACUUCCACCGCUCUGGAGCUCCCUCCGCCAUCACCAAAUAAUACCCCCCGGGCUGAGUUCCAAGGUUCAAAGCAAUUCAUGAGGAUCGUCGUCUCCAUGGUACCGGUGACCAGCUGACCGAAGGGGGGCGGGGUUGAGAGUCCAUCCUCUGCAUCUUUUGUCUUUUACUUGAAACCCCAGCACGACACCCCCCACCCCGCUCCACCAACGCGUAUGGUAUCAUCCAACGCCUGCGCACCCCUGCUCCAUCAAUACGAAUGGUAUCAUCCAAAAAAACAAACAAACAAACAAACAAACCGGCAAACAAAAAAAGACACUAUCGUUGUCAUGACUGCUGUACAUAACUGAGCUGAAUGGUCUGGACUUUUGCUGGGUUUUUUUUCCUUCAUACGGGGCAUGGAUAUUGUCUUUGGUAUGGUUGUCUUUUCCUUUGCAGUUUAUGAACUUCAUUAAUAUUCAGAGCUUGUGUGAGACUCCAUGCACGAUCGCCAGUGACCUUGUUUCUGGGUUGCUACCGACAUUGUCACUGGUUCUGUCAUGACAUUUAGGAAAUGGCCUUCCGUUACAGAUUAAAAACAGGCCCGACUCUAUAUUCAGUGUUUUGAUCCGAUGUGGACUGUUAGCAAUGGAUAAGCAUCCCUCUCCCCCCCCAUCUCUCCCCCCCUGAAAGGUGCAAUAGGUAAUUUCACACCCUCAAACCACAACACUGUUUAUCCCACCCCCUUCUCUGUGAACGCACUGACGUUGAAACCUCCCCCCCCCCCCCCCCACCUCCACGCCAUUGGCUGUGACAAUUAGAACCAAUGAGCUUGAAGUAUUCUACAGCUGUACAAUGUUUUGGCUCAGAGUGCCGGUCCUUCAACUGUAUAUUUUUCAACCCAAAUUGAAGAACUAUAAACACAGGCAGAGGGUGAGUCAACAUGUCAGUGAGCCUUUUUCAACGAUAAGAAGGGAUUUACAAUGGGCUUGUAACAAUGCUUUAACACAAAAAUCUUACCUGUUGUACCUGUAAGAUUACCUUUGACGCAACCACAACUGUCGUUUCCAUUACUCCGCCGAGCAUAAAGACUGCCUAGCAUUGUAAAACUACUGUAUUUUUUAUCACUAGGUGUAACCCACUAUCACAGCAUAUUUAUCAUGUACUGUAUAUAGAAGCCCUGGAAUGUAGAUGUUCCCCUUAUCCCAUUUAAUGUACACUAUAUUCAGACCUUUGAUUGGUUAUUUUCUGAAAACAUAUGAGAAGAAUGGGCCACAGGAUCCUACCAGUAUCUUACUCAAGUGUGACCUAGCCUUGUUUGGUGUGUCAGUUCCUGUUUUUAUUGCAUUUAAAAUGGCUGGAUUUCCCUGGAUAAAAUGGCUAAUUAGCAUUAGAGUUGCAGUUCACUAUAGCCCAGUGGCUACGGUGCUACAGGGACUGGAAGGUUGUUGGUUCAAGCCCUGGUGUUGCCUCAAUAAGAUCAGUGCAGCUGUUGGGCCCUUGAGCAAGGCCCUUAACCCCACAUUGCUCCAGGGGGGAUUGGCCCCUGCUUAUUCUAAUGAACUGUAAGUCACUUCCGGCUCAAUAACUGUAUUGCAGUGUCAUUAUGUUUGGGGAACUGAACUUGCAAUUCUAAGGUUGUGGGUUUUGAUUUCCAAGUGGGGCAAUACCUUCCUUGAGCAUGUCACAGUGCUUAAGCUUGACUGUUUCAGCUCAUAUCCAGCUGUGUAAAUGGAUAGUAUGUAAAAGGGCAUGCUGGAGAGGAGUGCGUGCUAAAAGCUUGAAAUGUCAGAUGUGGACUAAAAUGAGCGAAAGUUCGCAAUAGCUGUCAGAAUUUUGUGAAAUGGGUCGACAUGUUCUACCGCGUGCUCUCAUGAUCCGAACACGGAGAGAAAGCAUUCCUCAAAUCCUGCAUUCAGAACAAACGGCACUUUUUCAGAAACGCGUUUUCCGAAAAGACACAGAGAAGAUUCCAGAUUCGUUUGACAAAUGCCAGGUCGAGAUCUACGAAAGCAUGCACCUCGAUUUAACAGCAAAUGAACCUCUACGAUACCCUCUGCUACAGUUCUUCUGCCUUCUGUCUACCUGUCCCACUGAUCUAGAGUCAGUGUAGCCAUUUAGCUCAUAAUGGGAUAGGUACUGGCAUAGCCAAGGCUAACUGAUCCCAGAUCAGCUGGGGGGACUAUGUAAAACACUGCUUUAAUUCUUCCAGUGGUUUAAGUAAUACAUGGCGUCAUUUCCUUUCUCCACUUAGUCCCUUUCACUUCCAUUAUAAACCCAUUUAUACAUACAACUCAAAUCAACCUGCUUAAAACGGGAGGAGAGAUUCUCAAUAAUAGAAUAAGUCCAUCAUAGACUUUGUUGUAAAGAAAUGUUAAUUUAACCAGAAAGCCCCUGUCUGUUAUGUGCACAUUUAAAAAAUUUAAGGACCCAAAGAUGUCGUAGCUUGACGUUCUAAGUAAAGUGAACUCUUGACCCAAGAUCGUCACGGUAGCUACGCUGCUUGCUCCUGCUCUCAACUGCUCUGACAUUGAACAGAGGCUUCCAUUUUGUGUCCUGGAGACAACUACACUAUAUAAACGCCCCCAAUAUGAUGAUGCCAUUCACCUGCCAUAGGCCGAAACAUUCAGCAGGAUUUGAACGUGCUCCACCUGAUAGUACACAAAGUGAGGGUCCCAGCUCGGAAUUCUUAGUCCCAGGACAACACAUAUCGGGAGCCAAUAUAGUUUGUGACAAAUUAAACGUAGUUGCACCCCAUGUGUGGUAAAGACAGUCUCCCAUUUGUACCUCCUGCCUGUGGCCCUGCAGGACCGUAUCUCAAUAAUAGUUGAUGGUGGACAAGCCGGGUGAAAAUCCCCAGGUACAUAACGUUUAAAGGAUGGAAAUGACGGCACACUUCCUAACUUACAGAGGUUACUGAGAGAAAAACGGCUAUUUCGCGUCUCUUCCAUUCUGACACCAUUUUGUGGAUGGCAGGGGUAUUUUUAUAUGGCAUAUUUUGCAGAUUGUAUAUUAGUUUUCUUUUCCAUUGAUGAGAAAAUGUGUAUACAGAGACUUUCAUAUAAGAACUUCCAUUAGACAAGCUUGUGGUGAUUACUGAAUGUUUGCUCUUUGGCGUAAGGUAACAUAUCUUCCAGGUAUUUGGCACAUUCAUUGUUUAAAAUGUGACACCAGGAGGAUUUAUCUGAUCUGUGUACAAAUAUCUCUGUGUACAUAUAUAUAAAAAAACCAAACGAAAAAAAAACUAUUGCUUUAAUAUUUCAGUCUCAAAACAAUUUCGCUUGGAUUGAAGCAUGCAGUUUGUACUGGUUGUUUGUGUUUUUUAGAAGUACUAAUACAUGUAUCUAAUACUAUUAUUAUGCACACGUAAUUUUGACAGGCAAAAGAAAUGCAAAUAAACUUUGAUGAUUGACGAUUAAUGUUAUUUUCUACUUGAGGAAUAUUUAGAGGGUAGUUAAUGUCCUGUCCCCCAACAUAAAAGAAUGGACAAAACAGAUAAUUUUAUGAUCAUUAUUUCUUGUAUUCAGGGGACCAAAGUCAGAUUUAUUUCCCCAGCUGGUGGUUUCACUUCAUCAUAUCUGUAUAUUAUUUGCAUGUGCGGUGAGUAUUUUGGUUCUCCCCACUGAAUCGGUCAACGAUCACCUCGGGCACCACUGUUUUCAGAGAAACAUACAGUACGAGAUCACCCCGGCGUGGUGUUUGUCCUUUCGGAUGAACCACCUCUCUCAGUUGUAUUCUGCCUAGGACUGGGCACUGGGAUGCUGUGGGCACACUACUUCCAAGUGCCACUCCAGCGGUGGAUUCCAGUGGCUUAUUUUAGCUCCUUCCCCGUGACCUUUCCUCCUUCCCUCGUUCCUUAGCUCCACCCAACGAAAGGACAGGAGUAAGAGGUGGUGAUGAGGUGGUGAUGAGGUGGUAGGAUGAGGUACGGAGGAAGGGAGGCUUUUCCCAGGGGCAUCAUCCGCGCUCAGCGUGCCACCUGGACAGUUACGGGGUGGAUGGAGAGUGGUGGAGCCGCAGUUGGAUCGCCGAUACGGCGAACGUGUAAAAAAAAAAAAAAAAAAAAAAAAAAAAAGGUUCCCGUAACGGCCUCUCUCCAGGAUCGUUCUCCGCUCCUCCGAGGAGCGUUUAAUGGAUUGGAACGCUCUUAAAGAUGGUGGACCUCGAUCCAUUUCCGGGUCACGUUAGGCCCGAGGUCGGGAUAGAAUAAAUGAUGUCAACAAGGUGGUCGCUGUGCAUCAACCAGUGAUACAGGCCAAUCCGUUGUUCCUCAGGUACAGGACAAUAUGUUACAAAGAAUAGAAUAGAAUGGUAAUCGAAUAGAAUAGAAAAAUAGAAAAGUAAUAGCAUAGAAUAAUAAUAGAAUAAGGGCUCAUUCCAAUUGCUUAUUUUUCUUCACAGCUUUCCUUUGCUUGCUCUUGGCCCGGAAAUUGAUCGAGGUCCGCCAUCCUUAAAGAUGUUCCAACGCUUUAAAUGUUCCUUCCAGGAACUGGGAGUAGAAGUUAAGAACUCCUAAACUACCCUUUCUUGUGAGGAAACACAUCCUUUGUGGACUUUUUUAAAUUUUUAUAUAGCAUGAUGUAUAAAUUACCGACCUGUGGGUCCACCUCUCCCCAUCUGCCACGUCUGUAACUGACGUGGCUUCGAACCGACAUUUGAGGGAGUGAGGGCGGUCCGUUUGCCUAAUUCAGAAACGAAAAAGAAAAAAGGAAAAAGAAGAGAGCAAACUGCAAUGAACCCUAGCUCUCAUGUAGUGUCAGCUCUGUCAGCAUUUUUACUUCCUUGAUUCUCUUCUUUCACAUAAGAAGUCCCCCCUUUUUCUUAUUUUACAAGUACCAGAAAGUCUUAUUUUGUCUGUUUGUUUUGCCUUCAUUUUAACAAUGUAUUUCUGCCUGAAACUUUUGAACUGUACAAAAACAAAUGUCAUGUACAUAUACAUUUAAAAAGUGCUAUGACUGUAUUUUACAGACACAUGAAUAGGACAGAUGGAGUUGGUGUGGCUUCCCAUACAUGAAGUAUUACGAGCAAAUUCAAUUUUCAUAUACUGGGCGGCCUGUAGUGUAGUGGUUGAGGUAAAUAACUGGGACAUGUGAGGUCGGUGGUUCUAAUCCCACAAUCCCCCUUAUUGUGGUGGUUCGAAUCCCUGGUGUAGCCACAAUAAGAUCCACACAGCCGUUGGGCCCUUGAGCAAAGCCCUUAACCCUGAAUUGCUCCAGGGGAGGAUUGUCUCCUGCUGUACAUUGCUCUGGAUAAGAGCGUCUGCCAAAUGCCAAUAAUGUAAUAGUGUAAUGCAAUGUAUGAUGAAGUGGGAAAAUUAUUAUUUAAAAAAAAAAGAUUUGUCUAUAAACGGUCCAAGGAAUAAGAAUGUGGCAGUGUCAGUUUGGCAAUGCAUUCGGCCAUUGCUUUUGAUCUACAAUAACAUCAGCCAAAGAAGCCGUACACUGCAAAAAACGUAUCUGAACAAGUGCAUUGAGACUUAAAACCAUAAAUUUUUAAACAGUAGAAAAUAGUAGUUUUGCUUCAGUUAAUUACUUUGCUUACUUUGCAAAUAAAACUGUCACACCUCUUUGGCAAUAUUUUGUCUUACUUAGCAAAAAAGUCAUAGAAAUGUAAAAAGUCUAAAUAUACUAAAAUAUACAAAAUACUUGUUAGGACAGAUUUAUUUUUAGUUGUUUUUGCAGUGACGCCACUUUGCACUGAUGGGUCAGCAGCAGAAAUCAUGGACAUCUGCCCGAAACAGGGGCAGCUCUGAGUCCCACAGGCCAGACAUACUCUGAGCUUCCUGGUCAACUCUCUGCCAGCACAUCACAAACCAUUCAAUUAAUUUUUUUCACAGCAAAAUGGAGGCAUUUUUUGGCAAAGGGAAACGGCCUAGGGUGGAUUCUGCUUGAGCCAUAAUGUAACUUAGGGUCCAGAGCAGUAGUUAAUUAUGCUUUCAGAAUGGAAACUUGUGCGCCUUAUGUAUUCUAAGCCCUGAUAGUGAUAAAAGUGUGGUUUUAAAAAGUGUUAUUUCCUCUGUGGCCUGAACAGCCACUGUGACUGCUGACUGUGUCAGAAAAAAUGGUUUACAAAGUUAACUCACUGUGCAUGCACUGUGGCUUUGCAUCAACUGUGUUUGUGGUUUUGUACAAAUCAAUCGAUUGGCUUGCGUACACUUUCGUAGAUGUAAUUCAUCAUAAUGCAGAAAUGAUUGUAGUUUUAAAAUUGAAUUAUUUACUUUUUGGUCCCUUUUUUGUUGUUGUUUGUUUUAGCUUUUGUUGAGGAUAUCACUGCUGUACUAGCAGAUUUGCUGGAGUUUCACAAAUUAAAUGAUAUUCAUCAACUGCC